AUGCACCAAAUUUUAAAUAAUCGCUAUGAAGUGAUUAAGUUAAUUAACGAAGGAUACUUCUCGCUCAUCUACACAGCAAAAGAAUUGGAGUCACAUUCAGAAGUCGCCGUAAAACAGCUCAAAUAUGAAGAUGACAGUGAAAUGAAGAAUGAAUUUGAAAUAAUGAUCCGUCUCGCUCCGUUCGAUUAUAUCCCCACUCCAUUGGAAUUCGGAGUAAAUCCAGACAAUUCGUCCUUUUUCAUUAUUUCAAUGGAAGGGAAGAGUCUAUAUGAGCUUCAAGCAGAGAAUAACAACAAUAAAUUCACCUCGAAUACAACUACACUGAUUCUACUCCAUUCCCUCGUCGCCAUCAAAUCAGUUCAUGAAUCCGGAAUAGCCCACGGGGAUAUCUCCUUCAAAAACGUUGGUGUUCCAAAUAGUGCUGGCAAAAAACGGAUCAUCCUGCAUGACUUCGGGUGUGCCGUUCCGGCGGACCCGAUUUCUACACGUCGUGACAUCAUGGACGUUUUGAAUGUAACGGAACAAGUCUCAAUUCAGAACAGAACUCUCAAGGAUUGUUGUGAUGAAUUUGAGGGUAGUACCGGAACUACCGUUAACGAUUUGAUUAAGAUGAUCUCGGACCAGCCAAUGUUUAAUCCGGAAUCUCCGUUCGACUGGGAACUAGAAUGA